CCAAUUAUAUUAUCCGUGUCUGUGCUUUCCACUACCUUUAAAUUUGAAACUUUCUUAUUGUCAUUUUCUCUCAAAUUCCCUCUUAUUUUUAAAAUAAAUAUAUUUCAUGUUAUAAUUAGCUAAAACUAUAUACAUACUUCGAAAUUAUAUUAUAAUACUUACGUUCUCUAACUUUUCGAUACAAAAAUAGAGAUGAAUAUAUCUAGUAAGGUAUAUAAUUCUGUCGAAUUAUGGCAUCGUGAAACAAGUCUUCCGUCUAUACCUACUUUUAGUCAAAGUCUAGAUAAAAUUAUUGGUAAUGAAGGUGUUCAGCUAUGUACUCUUACUGAAUUAUUAGGUUUACCUGGCUCAGGAAAAACUCAGAUAUGUAUUCAACUUUGUGCAUCUGUUCAAAUUCCUAAAUCUCUUGGUGGGUUAGAUGCUGAAGCUUUAUAUAUAGACACUAAUACACACUUCACACCAUAUAGAUUUAAGGAUAUUGUCACUGCCAGUUUAAAGAAAUGCCAAAUGGUUUUAAAUUGUCCUAUAGUUACAAGUGAAGAAGAUGUAUUAAAAAGAUUGCAUUAUGUGAAUGCAUUUGGUAUUGAAAAAUUUUGUGCUUUUAUGCACACCCUGUCAAGAUUUGUUGAUGAACACCCUAAUAUAAGAUUAAUAGUAAUAGAUUCGAUAGCCUUUCCUUACAAAGAAGGCAUAUCAGCGGGACAAAGGACAGGUUUAUUGUUUAGACAAAUGGCUGAGUUACAAAGAUUGGCAAUGGAGAAACAAAUUGCUGUAGUGUUAACAAAUGAAAUGAGUACAAGGGUGGGGCUGUCGACGGGCUCCGUUGUGGGGUCUCUGGGCGAUGCGUGGGCACACCGCUGUAACAAGCGUAUUCUUCUCUCUGUUAUUAAUAAUUCUUGUGAAAGACUGGCAUUGUCGCUUAAAAGUAAUAACUCACCCAACAACGUGGGAAGAUUUAAGAUAACGCAAGAAGGAAUUAGGGACGUGGAAUAAAACAAAGAUUAACAUUUAAUCGUACAUAGUUUAAUUUAAUAUUAAUGUAUAUAUGUAAACAAAAUUACAGCACCAAUAAAUAUCUCAUUUUCACGAAAA